AUGUCCACAUCUGAAAAACAUCGCGUGUGCCACAGCAAAUCCAAAAGCGACAGCGUCGACGAGAAUGAUUCGAAAUACGAAUGCAGCAUCUGCUAUAAAGAAGCAGUGAAUCCGGUUGUCCUUAGCUGCGGCCAUUUUUAUUGCUGGGAAUGUAUUGAUGAGUGGUUGAAUAAGUACGCAUACAAUAAGAAACAAUGUCCUAUUUGCAAAAGACGUGUACGAGAUGGUGACGUUAUUCCGAUUUAUGGUAAGGGGAUGGUGAGUCACUGUGAAAAUCCGAGACCCUCAGCACCUGCACAAAAUCGCAAAAAUCAGGAGGAUAUGAAAAAGUGUCGAGAAAUCAAAAUCAUAUCAGCAGCAGCUGAUGGAGAUAAUGAAAAUGAAUCGCAAUCAUUGUGUGAAGAUAGUGACUGGACAAAUUUCAUCAAAGUAGGUACUGCUGUUGUUGGCUUAAUUGCCGCAUUCAUGCUCGGCAGGCAAACAGCGAAAAGACAGAAAAAAUAUGCAAUUGGUGGUAGCGCCGGGUUUUUAAUUGGUUCGAAAAUGGAUGAGGAUUUUUAUGUGGCACAUAUUGCAAUGUGCGCACAUCCUGAUACCAUACAAGAUGAAACUGGUGAUAUUCAUUCGAAAUCAAUAGAUGCCGAUUGGAUCGCUGAUACUGGAUCACGUGUUUUAAGAUUUUUGCCUGGAGGUACCAUGAUACUUGGUCUGUUAUGGUUAGCUAAUUCAAAAACAUCGUUGCACUCAGCACAAGUUCGUGGUAUGCUUGUUCAAGCACUUUCCCAGAUAGCAAUCCAUCAUAAUGCACUCAGUUCCCUGAACAUUAGACCUGUUGACAAUUUUUUGGCAUUAGUUGGAAUUGAAAUACCACUGGGGAAGCCGUUUGGAUGUAUUGUUGAUUGCAGCCGGAAAGGUGCUGUUGGCUCACAAACUAAAGUGAGCUUUAAUCAGUUAGAAUGGAUACGUUUAGAAUCAUCUGCUGCUUUUCGAUUAUCAGAACCUUUGGUUGAUGGUGUUUGGGAUUUUCACAAGCAGUUUACAAGUGCAAUAUAUGAGUGGGCUGAAUAUCUUUUGAAAACAGAUGCAGCAUUAGUAAACGGCUUGUCACGGCCACGAGAUGAAUUUCUCAGACCUCGAGAUCGGAAAAAUCGAGGGCCGGCUACAUUUGAUAUUGAAAUAUUUUUAAAUGUCGGCGAAAAAAAUGAUUUGCAUAAUCAAAAAAUAUCUUCAUUUUGCACCAUUGAUUUGAUCGUGGAUAUUAUUGCGAAGGCAGCAGUUCCUAGUAAAGCUACCGUUGGUCAUGCAGUUGAUGCUGUGAAGGAGCAUAUAAUACGAUCGUUAUGUAGUAGAGCUGAACUUCAUUACGAAAGUACGGAUGUGAUCGAAGAUGAACCAAAGGACCGCUUAGCAGUACAUCAAUUACCUCGUGCUGCUUAUGUGUCUUUACCCAGUCAACGGGCAAUCGUUUUCACUGAUUACUUGUUUGAAAGUGAUACGGCGAAUGAUGCACAGCAGUCUUUUGCGGAAUUUUUGACUCUCAAAGUUUCCGAAGAUGACAUUGAUAUAAACAGUGAACGUCAUUUGGAUGGGAACGAUUUACUGAGCAUGUUAAAUGAAGAUGAUAGGCAUAGCCGUGUGGAACAAUCCAGUUCAUCGACAUCGAGCUUAAGUUCUGUUAUAUUGCCUCCAAUGUGUAAAGCUGAGUCCUUGCUUCGACAUUCGAAGAUUGUAUUGCAAUGCAAGUUAUACAAAUCAAGCUAUGCUAUUAAUGACAUAUUACGAUUUCAAAACGACGAAGAGAAUGAGCAAGAAAAAGAGGUACGGUCAAAGUAUGUGUUUCGGUCACGCUUACCGGCCCUCAUCAAAAAUGAUCAUUUGGAUGUGCCAUUCCAGUACGAAUACGACAAGAUUUGUCGCGAAUGUUAUGCUUGGGAUUCGGAGUUGAAUGCUGUUAAAACAGUAUGGGAAAGAUUGAAACCACCACCACAGGAAAAAGUUGAAGAAAACGUGGUGGUAAUUGGUAAUCCGCGCUCGCUUCCUUGGGCUCCAAAUGAAUGGUGUAUAGAGCGAGCAUUUGAUUGCUAUCGAAAUAGGCGAGACGUUACACGGAUUCAUUUAACUAUGAAAUAUUUGGAAAUGUUGAAAAGAUUGCCGAAUCUACGAAUUGGUAUUAUGUUAGACAUGGCUCAUCAUAUUCAGCAAAAAAUUCUGAUAGAAAGGACUCGAAAAUUGUUCGAACUAGUAUGCCAAACAUACUACACUGGUGAUUUGAAGAAGUUAGUAGAAAGUGAUGAAAAUGCUGAACCUAUUGUGGAAUACAUGCAUCAAGUUGAACAGUUUGAAGUUGAAAAGCGUAAGCUGUUAAAUAUUACUGAACAGGAUAUUGUUACCAUUGCUCCAGGCCUUUAUGGUUCUAUCCAGGAUUUUUUCCGGGUUUAUUUAGCAAGUACUUAUUCAUUAUCAAUUAUGUGCUGUGCACUGCAUCAAAAAAACAUUCUUUAUCGUGUGGCUGAUAAGAAGUAUAAAUCAACGAAGAAUCAGAUUGCUAUGCCAUAUGAAUACUCGUAUAAUGUACCACAUUUGAUAUUCGGUAAUUUUGAUUAUUGGUACUCACGAAUAAGGAAGCAGUUCGAACUUCACGACCUUCAUAUUUUAUCUUUUCCAGUAUUGCCUUGGUAUAAAGAUUUACCUGGUACGAAUGGAAAAUUCUUUUCAUCAAAAUAUGAACGAAUUCCAUUACCCACAAGCAUUUUUUUUAACAGUGAUAACUUGUGA